UGCGUGGCUGGUGGCGCGGCAGCGGGGUGGCAGCGGGGUGCGGACUGCGAGAGUGUCGUGCAUGGACUGUGGCGCUGGCUAUGGCGGGAUCUUUGUCACGUUGUUUGGCGGAGAAGGAGCGGGAGGAGUAGCGGGAGGAGCGGGAGGAGCGGGAGGAGGGAUGGGAAAAGGAGCGGGAAAAGGGGCGGGAGCAGGUGCGGGAGAAGGAGCGGGAGGGGAAAUGCGAAGGGGCGCAGGAGCCGCGGGAGGAGGAGCUGGAAAAGGAGGAGGGGCAGGGAAACGGGGAGGAGAAGAUGGCUCUGGCGGGAUCUUUGUCACGUUGUUUGGCGGAGGAGGAGCAGGAGGAGGGGCGGGAGGAGGAGCGGGAGGAGCGGGAGGAGCGGGAGGAGGGAUGGGAAAACGAGCGGGAAAAGGAGGAGUGGGAGGAAGAGCGGGAGCAGGUGCGGGAGAAGGACCGAGAGGGGAAAUGCGAAGGGGCAGAGGAGCCGUGGGAGGAGGAGCUGCACGAGGAGAAACGGGAAGGGACAGAGGUGGCGCGGAAGGAGGGGCGGCGGAGUUUGAGGAGGAGGAGGAGGAGGAGGACAGGGAGAACGACGAGGACAAGGACGAGGACGAGGAGGAGAAGGCGGAGGACGACGAGGACGAGGUGGAGGUCAAUGAGGACUAGGAGGAGGACAUCGAGGUAGAAGAAGAAGAAGGGGGGGGGGAAGGGGGGAGGAGGAGGAGGAGGACAACGAGGAGGAUGACGACGAGGAGGAGGAGGAGAAGGAGGAUGGGGAAGAGGAAGAAGAAGAAGAGAAGGAGGAGGAGGAGGAGGAGGACGACGAGGACGAGGUGGAGGAGGUCGACGUGGACUAGGAGGACAUCGAGGUAAAAGAAGAAGGGGAGGAGGAGGAGGACAAUGAGGAGGAUAACGACAACGAGGACUAGGACGAUGCAAAGGAAG